GUCGAAACGCGGUAGUGACAUACUGUCUGAUCAACUUGAAAAAAAUUCAAUUAACUGAUUUGUUAAGCAGAAAAAUCCGGGAAUUGCUGAUUGUCUUCAAACUUUCAAAUCAUCUAGAAACAAAGGUGUCAAUGGUGUCAGUCAAUUUGAUCAGAUUGCAAAUAAUUUUUGUCAGUUGAUUGAAUUGUUAAAUCAAGAAUAUAAAUUAUUUCAUCUGUUAGAAAGAAAGUGAUUUUUAAGACGGAUAUUCAUCGCCAAAAAUUCUGAAUGAAAUUUCGAAAAUUUUACCGGAACCACAUUUAAAUCAUCGUAAAUACUCUAAGAAAAAUAAUAAACAAAAAUGGUUGCAAUUGACAUAUUAGAAGAAAGAAUAACAGAAUUAGAAAAUCGAAUUUACGGAUCAGCCGUACCAGCAGUUGAUGCAACACUUCCUGAGACUUCAAUUGUUGACAAUAUACUUCAUGCAAACACUCUUAUUUCAUCAGCAUUAUCUGGUCGUGAAAGAACAAAUGCACUUGUUAAAAGACUUCCUCAACUAAAUGAAUUAUUGGAUACAUCUUAUGACAAUGAUGAUUUGAAUGUUGAAGCUAAACUUGAAAUUAUAAUAGCUAUGGAAAGUGAGAUUAAAAAAAAUCUCGAAUUAUUUAAUAAAGUUCAAAAAUUGAUGCCUGCUUUAGAAAUAAAUAAAAUACAAAAUGUACCAGAAUUAACACCAAAAUUAGAACAUUUAACUGUUAAUUAUUUAAAUUUUUAUGAAGAAUCUAACGAAAUUAAUCAUUCUAUUCACAAAGUAUUUUCUAAAUAUAAUAAUAUUAUUGACAUUAUUUCUAAAUCAUUAAUUAGUUUAGAUGCUGCUAUCACUGCUGCUGAAAUUGCAGCCGCCCCUAAAAAACGCAUUGACGAUUAAAACCAGUUGAGAAUACAGAUAUUAUAAAAUUAAUAAACUUUAAAACAAUAGAAAUAUUAAAAAAUAGAAAAAUGACUUCGCAAUCUUAAUGAAUAAAUUUUAAUGUUGAAAAAAAAAAAUUGUAUGCUAUUUAAUUUGAAUAGGGUAUAGUCUAGUUAAUAAAAUGUUUAUUAUUAUUCUUAUUCUAUAAUUUGAUAAAUAAAAAAUUGCAACUGUAAUUUUUUUUUAUAUUUAUUGUUUCUUAUAUAAUUUGUUAAUCCAGUGUCAUUAAUGUUUUUAUAUAUAAUAUAAACUUUUUACAUUAACUAAAUAAUUAUAUUUAAUUAUCAUAAAAGUAAAUUAAAUAAGGCACUCGAUUAUCUGUAUUACUAU